AAUCACACCAGUUGGCGAGUUUCUUACUGUAGGACUGCUCCUGAACUUUGGCCAAUGAGAAGUCGACUUCGUUUCCCUCCAGUGGCAGUCAUGGCGCCACCCGUGAGGUACUGCAUUCCUGGCGAACGUCUGUGUAACUUGGAGGAGGGCAGCCCGGGCAGCGGCACUUACACCCGACACGGCUACAUCUUUUCGUCGCUUGCUGGCUGCCUGACGAAGAGCAGCGAGAACGGCGCGCUUCCUGUCAUUUCUGUGAUGAGAGAAACAGAGUCCCAAUUACUACCAGAUGUGGGGGCUAUCGUAACCUGUAAGGUCUCCAGCAUCAAUUCGCGCUUUGCCAAAGUGCACAUCCUAUAUGUAGGGUCCACACCACUUAAGAAUUCUUUCCGAGGAACUAUCCGCAAGGAAGAUGUCCGAGCUACUGAAAAAGACAAGGUUGAGAUUUAUAAGAGUUUCCGCCCAGGUGACAUUGUCUUGGCCAAAGUGAUCUCCCUGGGUGAUGCACAGUCCAACUACCUCCUGACCACUGCUGAGAACGAGCUCGGGGUGGUGGUGGCCCACAGUGAAUCAGGUGUCCAGAUGGUUCCCAUUAGCUGGUGUGAGAUGCAGUGCCCUAAGACCCACACUAAAGAAUUCCGGAAAGUGGCCCGAGUACAGCCUGAAUUCUUACAGACCUAAGAAGCCACAUUUUACCCCAUGGAGAGGGGUAAGCCGUUUCUAAGAGUACGUGUAUGAACCCAACAUCAAGAUGCCAUUGUCUUUAUUCAGACACCUGGGGUUGGCCAACAACCACCUUUAGAAAAAUCUGCCAGCAACUUAUGCUGUAGGUGGAAUAUUUUUCUUAUGAACCUUUCAGCGGAUUUCAUUCUCGAGUGAUCAAUUUCUCUUUUGGACGCACCAACGAACUCUAAUGUUGGAAAUAGCCUGUUCCUUCUAACAGUCUUACAAAUACAUAUUUUUUGCUGUGACAAAGAAAACAUUUUUACUAAAAGGA